AAAGCACAGGCGAAACGCGGGCUACUAUAAGACGAUGCUCGAGGUCCUUUCACUCUGGUCGGCGUAUUUCGUCAUCAGGCGGCAUCUUUCGCGUGCUGGGGUGGCGUGGAUAGGGAGUCGGUCUGGAACGUGAAUUGGCAGUUAUGGAGUACAUCAAAACACCCGCCACAAGCCACCAGGGAAACAUCCUGUGCUGUACCUGCGGCGUUCCUAUACCUCCAAAUCCUGCCAACAUGUGUGUGUCCUGCCUGAGGACACAGGUGGAUAUUUCCGAAGGGAUUCCCAAGCAGGUCUCAGUGCAUUUCUGCAAGCAAUGUGAAAGGUACCUUCAGCCCCCCGGCACCUGGAUGCAGUGUGCCCUGGAGUCUCGCGAGCUGCUUGCCCUUUGCCUUAAGAAGCUGAAGUCAUCGAUGUCCAAGGUUCGUUUGAUAGAUGCUGGUUUCCUGUGGACGGAGCCACAUUCCAAGAGGAUUAAGGUGAAGCUGAGCAUCCAGAAAGAGGUUCUGAAUGGUGCCAUUCUCCAGCAAGUGUUCGUGGUGGAGUUCAUCAUCCAGUCCCAGAUGUGCGAUGACUGUCACCGAGUUGAAGCCAAGGACUUCUGGAAGGCAGUAGUGCAAGUGAGGCAGAAGACAGUUCAUAAAAAAACAUUUUUCUACCUGGAGCAGCUGAUUCUAAAACACAAAUUGCACCAGAACUCGCUUCGUAUCAAGGAGAUUCAUGAGGGCGUCGACUUUUACUACGGCUCCAAACAGCAUGCUCAGAAGAUGGUGGACUUCCUGCAGUGCACAGUCCCCUGCAGGUCUAAAGCAUCUCAGCGCCUGAUCUCGCAUGAUGUCCACUCCAACACCUACAACUACAAAAGCACCUUCUCUAUGGAGAUUGUCCCCAUCUGUAAGGAUAACUUGGUGUGUCUGUCACCACGCCUGGCCCAGAGCUUGGGGAACAUGGGGCAGGUGUGUGUCUGCAUUCGGGUCACCAGCACCAUCCGGCUCAUCGACCCCAACACGCUGCAGAUCGCCGAGGUUGAUGGGAGUACCUACUGGAGACACCCCUUCAGCAGCCUGUGUAACCCCCGCCAAAUGGAGGAGUUCAUCAUCAUGGACCUCAGCAUCAUCAGGGAUCAGAAGCUGGGGGCCGGAGCUGGGCUCCGCUCCAAUAAGCAUACCCUAGCAGAAGUGUGGGUGCAGAAGACGUCUGAGAUGAACACCAGCCAGCAGUACCACUGCCGCACCUUCCUGGGCCACCUGCUGAACAUUGGCGACCUGGUUCUGGGGUUUGACUUGGCCAAUGCCAACAUCAACGAUGAGUUUCUCAACAAGAUUAACCCCCACCAUGUCCCUGAUGUGGUGCUGAUCAAGAAGAGUUACGACCGCAGCCGGCGAGUGACUCGCAGGAACUGGAAGCUGAAGCAGAUGGACAGAGACCGGGAGGGCAUGGAGACGGAUGACGAGAGGCAAUACCAAGACUUCCUGGAAGAUCUAGAGGAAGACGAAGCUCUGAGGAAGAAUGUCAACAUCUACAGAGAUUCCUCCAGGCUCCCAGUUGAGAGCGACUCUGAAGACGACGGCGCCCCUAGAAUCUCCCUGGUGGAAAUGCUGGAGGACCUGAGCCUGAGCGACGCCACUGGGGGCGAGGGGGCGGACAUGAUGACCGAAUAGACCCCCCCCGGGCGCGCGUGGCUUCGGUGGGAGGUGGUGAAGCGCAGCAUCCUGCCGCACAGCGUCAAACGGGACUUUCCACCCUGCUUUUAAAAUGCUGUGUGUCGUAUCUAAUCACUGUAUCUCUUGCAAAAACUUGUAUUAUACUAAAAGAAUAGUAAUAACAGCUAAAAGUAACUAUGAUUAAAUACGAAUGACUAGUA